AGGACGACCGGAUAACGGGAACCGAGAAGGGGGACAGGAGCAAAACGCGUCAGUCUGACAGACAUAGACGGGGUGCUAUUGUAUAACUCGGGCCUUCAGUCUUUUUUCACUCCAGACUUGCAGGAGGAGCGGCUGCUUCCUGUUAUUUUCCUGUUUUCUUUUUCUCUCGCCGCGGAGGUAGAGACGGAGCGCGGCAGCGGGGCUCGGUGUUGCAUCGGCCGCUGGCGGAGGACCUGCACAUGUCGGCGCGGUGAGGGAGCGUUUGUUUCCCCGCCCUGAUACGGUUGGAGGACGGCAGGAGGAGGCGGUGGUUGCGUGGAGUCGUAUAAACCGAGACGAGAGCAACGCUAUCCACCUCUGUGAGAAAAAAAUAAAUAAAAAUAAGCAGGUGCGGCCGUUUGAGCGGUCGAAAGAGGAUCCGUUAAAAACGAGCGAGAAGGACAACAGUGAUGCGGCAACCGAGGUGGGCCCAGAUUGAUGAUUUUAUGAUAUCAUCAUCCACCGCCAGGACCGAUCACUGAUUUUAUUGAUAAGGAGCAUCAUCGAGGAGAAUAAGCUAUAAACUGACCUGGGGUCCGUUUGUUUGUUUUUGAGCUGGAUAAACAGGAGGUGCUUGAUUACAGUGAUUUCUUUACACCCGGAGCUGUGUGAUCAGUUAGAAGAAUAAAUAUCCAAAUUUAGGCCCAGGACUUAGUGUGUGUGUGACGCCAAUACAGCAGCAGAGAGGCGUGUGUGUAUGUGUGUGUAUGUGUGAGAGAGAGGGAGAGAGAGAGAGAGGAGACGCGCCUGUCUGAGCAUCAUCUGGUAGCUGCACGGGCUACUCCUCCACGGGGAUGAUACACAAGCGAUUUUUCAUCUGUGCGUGAAAAACACAAGAAUCAGGGAUGCUGCUGAUGCUGCUGCUGCUGCCAUUUCCAGUCCGGCUCUGAUAGAGACAGCGAGGCGCACAGCACGGGACUGGACAUCCUGAAAAUAUCUCUCCUCACCUCUCCUCCGCCUCUGCACCUUCUUCCCCCCUUUAUCUCUCCCUCCCCUCUCCUCCUCCCUCCCUCUACCUCCUCCUCCUCUUCCUCCUCCACCCCGGAGCGUCUAUUCAUUCUGAUCAAUUGAUAAUCCAUCUGUGAUUCAGAAAGCCACCCACUCCUCCAUCCUUACCCUCCAUCCUCUCCUCCAUUCACCAAUACAUCCUCUCCAGCGCCUCUUUACGCACUCACACGCGCAAAGGCACGCACGCACGCACCACCACCACUACCACCCGCAUCACCACCGCCAUCUACAGCCAUCAUGGAGACGACCAAGCUGCCUCCGACCAGCCCGUCCUCGCCGACCACCAGUUUCUCGGUGCCGUCCGCGGAGAAGGUGGACGGCUUCCCGCGGAGGUCGAUGCGCAGAGCCCGGCAGAGGAGGUCCCACAGCUCGUCCCAGUUCCGCUACCAGAGCUCCCAGGUGGAGCUCACCCCACUGCCCCUGCUCAAAGACGCCCCGGUGGCAGAGUUACACGACCUGUUCUGUAAGAAGCUGCAGCAGUGCUGCGUGCUGUUUGAUUUCCUGGACUGCGUGGCUGACCUGAAGGGGAAGGAGAUCAAACGUGCGGCGCUCAACGAGCUGGUGGAGAGCGUGGCCACAAGCAGAGGAGUCCUCAUAGAGCCUCUGUAUCCAGAGGCUAUAAAGAUGAUCUCUGUAAAUAUCUUCCGGACUCUCCCACCAAGCGAGAAUCCAGAGUUUGACCCAGAGGAAGAUGAGCCAACACUCGAAGCCUCCUGGCCGCAUCUGCAGCUGGUGUACGAGUUCUUUCUGCGUUUCCUGGAGAGCCCGGACUUCCAGCCCUCCAUGGCCAAACGCUACGUCGACCAGAAGUUUGUCCUGCAGCUCCUGGAGCUGUUUGACAGCGAGGACCCCAGGGAGAGGGAGUACCUAAAGACCAUACUGCACCGUGUCUAUGGAAAACUACUGGGCCUCCGAGCCUAUAUCCGCAAACAGAUCAACAACAUCUUCCUCAGGUUCAUAUAUGAAACUGAGCACUUCAACGGAGUCGCGGAGCUUCUGGAAAUCCUCGGCAGCAUCAUAAACGGCUUCGCCCUGCCCCUGAAGGCUGAACACAAGCAGUUCCUGGUUCGGGUUCUCAUCCCGCUACACACGGCAAAGUCCCUUUCUAUCUUCCACGCACAGCUGGCCUACUGUGUGGUGCAGUUCAUGGAGAAAGAUGCUACAGUGACUGAAUAUAUCAUCAGAGGGCUGCUCAAGUACUGGCCAAAAACCUGCACGCAGAAAGAGGUGAUGUUCCUUGGUGAGAUUGAAGAGAUCCUGGAUGUGAUCGAACCUUCUCAGUUCAUUCGGGUCCAGGAGCCGCUCUUCAAACAGAUCGCAGCCUGUAUCUCCAGCCCUCACUUCCAGGUAGCGGAGCGGGCUCUUUACUUCUGGAACAACGAAUACAUCCUCAGUCUGAUAGAGGAAAACUGUCAAGUCAUCCUGCCGCUGGUAUUCGCCACCCUCUACAGAGUCUCCAAGGAGCACUGGAACCAGACCAUUGUGUCUCUGAUCUACAACGUGCUGAAGACCUUCAUGGAGAUGAACAGCAAGUUGUUUGAUGACCUCACUGCCUCCUACAAAGUGGAGAAACAGAAGGAGCUGAAGCGAGAGAAGGAGCGUGCAGAUCUCUGGCGAGGGCUGGAGGAGCACCAGGACCGCCGGAUGCAGAUGCUCACAGAGGCGGCCAGGAACCAGCGCAACCUCCAGGAGCGAGGCGAGAGAGGGGACCCACCGACCCCUUCGUCCCCGCAGACGGCUCACUCCGACCAGCCCGAGCCCAAGCCAAGCGGGGCCUCUUCUUCCUCCUCUGGAGCCGGGGAGAGCGCCACCUAGGUGCUGCUCCACAGAGAUUGGAUAGCACGGGGGUUAGGGGAUGGGGAGAAGACAUGAGGUUGAUGGUGAAAGUGUUGGGAGAGAAAAGGUACAAAAUCCACUGUUCUUUUUUAUCUUGCAUCAUCGAGGGCGUGGCUUUUUGUGAAAAAGCGCACAAUCUCAGUGAUCCGAGGUAAAGACCGCACCUUUGUUCUGACAGAGUUGUGUGAAACUGGUUCACUUUUUGCUGUGCACACAUUAUGUUGCAGAUCAGAAGAUGAAUAUUGUCCAAAAGUGCAGACUGUCAUUUUAAUUAGUGGCUGGUUUAUUAAACUGCAGGUCAGUGUCCAAAAUUGGUAGCUGGCCUGCUUCAAAUCAGCCUCACAAUAAGAGAUGAAAUGUCUCUUUUGGUGCAACACUAAUCAAGUUUAACAUGUGUCUAACUUGUCUUGAUAUUUAACCAACCGAGUCUGUACUGUGGCCUCGUAUUUAUCUUUUGGUCGGAGAUGCUUAUUUCAUGCGUGAAUAGCACAAUACAUUAAUAAACAAAAGAAGCAAUUUCACACAAAUGUCCCAAAACUAUGGCCGCACAGACCAGACACACACACACACACCAGACACACACACACACACACACACACACACACACACACACAGACGCAGGUACAUAUUUACUGUAAAUAUGAGAAGACAGAGCUAAGAAAGUGUAUUCAGGUCGAACCAAUCUUCACACACAGAAACACUCGAUUGAUGCACCGAAAUACAGUUUACAGACACACAGGCACACACACACACACACAUACACACACACACACACACACACACACACACACACACACACAGCUGGUUCUGGUGCCUCUCCCAUUCUGUCGGGUUCCACCAAAGGACGAGCCUAAAGUCCCUCAAGGUUAAAUACCCACUGAUGAAAAUGAUGAUAAUGAUAUAAAGUACAAUACUGUUCCUUCUUCUUACUUGUUACUCUACUACUACUACUCUACUCUACUCUAAGUACUACUGAUGAUGAUGAUGAUGAUAAUGUUUUUAUAUAUAUACAUAUGUCUCUGGAUAUUUCUGUAGUGUAUUAUGGGAGAAACACUAGUGUAGCAGAUACCAUAAAGGGGAAGGCCGGCUCGAAUUUUGUAUUCACAUCACAUGUUAACUGUACGAGGCCAUAAUGUGAGUGCUGAAAUUCAGCGGAAUUCCCCUUUAACAGACCUUAAAGAGGGGAGGAAUGAACUGGAUUGCCGGUGGCUGUUUUUCUUUUAUUUUGAAAUUUUGGAUGAUCAUGGUGCGGCGGGUUUGUUUUAAAGGGGUAUUUCGUAGAAAUCCAAAAACAUUCCAUGUUUAAAGAUUUUUUUUAAAGGUGCCCUGCGGAGCUAAACUGUAAACAAAAACCAAAAUGAAUUGUGUGUAUCCUUAAAAAUGUGUUAAAUACAUUAUAAAACAUUUGUAAAGCCGAUAUUUUAACAAAUUUUUUACAUCCAUUUUUACUUGUUCUUCUUUUUCUUCUUUCCAGCCUUUGUUGGCAUAUAAGUUUCUUUGCACAUUACCGCCACCAACUGUGUAACAGUGGAAUAGCAUGACAGCAGCAGCACAAUGUGAAUCACAUUGUCUGCUUGCCCAUGUACAUACAUGUGAAACCUCUUGUGCAAUACAAACAUACUGGGGACCCGCUCAUAAAAACAUUGCUCUAUAGCGCUAAUAGUGGUCAAAAACUCCACUGGGCACCUUUAAUUUUGAUAAUGUGGUUAAAAGUUUACUAAAAAUCUACCCAUUUGCCUAGGUUACAUUUUACAAAGUUGAAGUUUAGAACCCCCUCAAUUUCUCAAAGCAAACUACUACACCCUGACCAACAGAGAGGUUAGUGGACCACAAGUGUUUCAGACCAAAAGAAAAACACAGUGAUCCAGUUGGAUUUCUGAACCCUUUAGGCUCAGCAGACCUGACGCUGCUAGAAGGCGACCACGACGAUGAUAACUCUUUUUCGGUGUGAACCAAGAAAAAUCUGUUUAUUCUUGUCUGAUCAUUAUGAUAAAGUGAUGGGAUAAAGACAGGGGGAAAAAACAAAAAAAUUAUUUUAGCAAUAUUUUCAUUCUUUCAGGAUAAUCUGUGUGUUAUUAGGGGGUUGAACAGGAAGUGGGUGUCACACUCAAACGUUUACCCCCCACUCUUGUUUUUACUCCUGUUGCGUCCUUGAUAUUCACAUUGUCUUAAAGGUACUUUCUGUGUAAAUUGAUUUGAUGAAAAAUGAUUUUGCUUUGUAAUUAUGUUGUUUUUUUCUUGGUUUUUGUAUGAUCUUGUUCAUUUUGUGGAAAACUGAUACUGAUGCUAUUUAUUUUCUAUUUGAUCAGGAAAUCUAACCUUAUUUGAAGAUGAUGGUCAGGUUGUGUGUGUGUGUGCGUGCGUGCGUGCGUGCCUGCGUGUGUGUGCGCAUCGGUGUGUAUCCAGUGAGUGAAUUAGUGAGCAGGAGAUGUGCGUAGACAGAGUGAUAGAGAAUGAGAGAAAACAGUUCUCUCUUUGUUUCUUUUUCUCUCUCUCUCCUUCUCUCCUUCCUGAGGGACAGGGUUUGAAUCCGAAUGUAUCGUAAAACAAAUCGAUUGUUUUUUUGACGCUUGAGACGCAGAGCUACCUGUCGGCUGCUUCGUAACCAAACCUUUCAAAAACCCUUCAGACCAGCAGUUUUUGUUAAAACACUCACUUUGAAUCAUGCCUGAGUCAACAAGGUUUUGAAAUCCUUGAAAACAGCUCUCUGAUUGGCCUUUCAAGUUUUAUUGAGCUGUUAAUAUACAACUUAUUUGGUAUUUGACGUCAUUAAUCUGCACCUGGCCCAAUUUUACAUGUUUUUUGUGAAUGCUAUAAGUUUGAGUUAGAUUGACUUUCUUUGGUGCUUUGAGGCUGCAGUCACACAUAAUCUACCAUUGCUUCUUCUUUUUUGCUUUCAAGUGUUGACACUGCAGCUUUGCAUUUAUUGCAAUUUCCAGAUGUUGAAUCCAAUACCCAGGUUGUUACAGCGCAUCUGUCAGUCAAGACAAAUAUUGUCUCAUCAUGGGCUCCAUCAGGGGAUGGGGUUGCUUGUUUGUUCUGGGGAUAGCUCAGUGUGUCAUGUCAUGUGACUGAAGUAUGGAACUUUGGUACCAGGUGUUCAGAAUGUAGCAUCACAUGAUGGCACCUGAGACAUCCCCAUGGAAACUGAGCAAACGCCAUCUACUGAUGAAGACUGAAAUAAGGCUUUUAGUUUCACAUGUGCUUGUGGUUCCCAACCUGCUGGCUUGAGAAUCCUCAGAACAAACAAACCCCUUGGUGUUUGUGUGGACAUGAGUUGUGAGCUGUUCAACCAAAGAGUGUUUUUACCCCUCAGAUAGUCUUGAUUUUAUGGUUUUUAAAAGCCUUGACAGGUAAACGUGUCCAGUAUUUCACAAGUUAAGACCAAACUUUGCAUUCUAAGUGGAUGCUCAACCUCAAACAUACAAAUCAGGAAAAAUACAUAAAGAGCAAAAUAUGAAGAAAAUUGGGGAUUUCUUAAUUAUUAUUGUUCUCAUGUCCUUUUUAAUGAACUUGUGACCCUUCUGAUUUAUCUCAGGACCCCUUAAGGUGCGCCAACCACCAGAUUUCGGAACCACUGACACACCACUCUGAUACCACUGAUUUUUUUUCUUCUGUUUCUGCACACAAUCGUAGAUGUCAAGUACACAAAUUUGCAUGGAUCGUGCUCCAUGGAAGCCACACAGAAAAUGCAUUGAUGGAUUUGGUGUGAAAGAACCUAAAACGGCUAAAAACCUGCACCUGCAAAUGCCACCUGGCCGGCACACCGGGCACAUAAAAGGGAAAAGACUCCCAUGUGGUUGGAUUUCAAAUAUUGUUUUGAUUCAGGCAGAGAGAAAAAAACACAACUGAAAAGAGACAAAACUUGACCUUGCUGUCAUAAAAUUUAGCUUCCUCUAUGAUUUUUUUGUUUUGGCUAGCUUACACACAAACCCUCUUGAUUGUUAUUGUCAGUCGGUCAGCUGACUCGGGGAAACCCCAGUUCCCACUGUUCUAGAAUUCUCACUUCUAUUGAUUAAUAGUAAUAUUCCUCUUUCUACAAUUCUGUCGUACAUUCUAGAACUGCUCCAGAACAGGAUGCGAGAGAAGAGAGUGUUCAUAGAGAGCUCGGGUAUCGCCACACAGACAGCCAUCAAACACUGGUUUCAUUUCCUGUCACAUUUCCUCUCUUUGGUCAUUUUCAUGUGGCCACAUUUAAACUAAUGCUUUAAACCAGAGGGGUUGCGUGAACGGAUUUGAUGAGAGCAGCCAGUAAAGAUUAAAAACAGAGGAGGAGAAAGACAGAGGAAAGAAAAGACGUAGAGUUAGACACGAUAGAACGGCAAUAAGUCAGAGCAACAGUAACAGAGAAUAUAAUGUUACCGAAACCUACAACUGCAUUACGUAGCAAUUUCACUGAAUUUCUAGAUUUGCACUGUCUGCCCAAUGGUCUGUGUUUGUUGUGUUGAAGAAAAAC